CAGCCAAGCGCUCCUCUAAUCAGGCGACCAUCGCUGCUAUAUACCCCUGCACCCAGUGCAUCGAGCCCUAGGCUAUUAUCACCUCACCCAACGUUAUCCCUGUGUGCGUCCUUCAGAGCCCCACCCUGCGCCAACCCUCAACCAUCAAGAUAAGGCCUGGUACCGGGCCUCUAUCGGCUCGGGAACAGGCUUCCAGAGUUCAGGAGCACAGCAGGAGUCCCCAGUAGGUCCCCAGGGGCUAGGCCAUUCAGAAUGAAUCAUGAUAGUGUGGCCACUGUCUUGAUCCUCGUGGCUUGUGGCUGGUUUCCUGACCAGUACACAGUGCUUCCCGGCCGAGUCUGGCCUAUCUUUGACGCUUCCCGCCUGCACAUGCAUGGCAAGUGGCAUAGGAUGCAUCAGUCGCGAGAGCGUGCUAUAUUGCCGCCGGUAUGGGCGGGUAUAGCUCGCAGGACUGAUGGUCAGAAGCUCGAAAGUCACGACGAGAGCAGACCUUGCGCGCCAGAUGAGCAGCAGGGCCAGAGGAACCAAACACACAACCCGAACUUGGUUAGAUGCGAGUGCAGGUUCCUUUGUCUUCGCCAUAUCACACGCCGCAUCGGCUUAUUGCAUGGGCACAUAUGGCGAUCGGCAAUGGGAGCAGGCUUAAGCGUUGGAUGCAUAUGGCAAGUGUUGCCCAAGGCGUGCAUCAUCAUCUGGGGGGUGGUCGUAGAUGACCAGUGAGAACUAGCCUAGCGCUUUUGACCUCUUUUGGCAGGCACGUGGCUGCAUGACUAUUGCCAGGUGUUUCUGAGGUCGAAUCACCAGAACGUACAAGUACUAGGGCUGAUGGAAGUCUGGUCGCCCGUUGAGCCGAGUCAGCGGUGCCCUAACGCUAAGCUGCCUUGUGCGUGUCGGCACUCGGUCCUCCUGUCUGUGCUGUCAUCUAGAUGAUACUUACGCAGAACUCCUGCAUCUAUGUCCCAUGGAUCGCAUACCCGGUAAGCACCGCAAAUUGACACUUCUUCGAAAUGUCCGAAGUACCACCCACGAUCAUCGUCUACAUCCGGAAGCUGAUGAAUCCGACCGUUGUUGUCAUGCACAAUGUUCUUGGCAAAGCUUUUAUCGUACGCAAAGCAGAUACACCCACUGGAGACAGUUCGUUCAGACGAAAACGCCGUAUUGGAUUGUG